UCCCUGAAUGCGACAGACGACGUCCUAUUCUCGCACUCACCCCGGUCUGCUAAGUGUUGUUUACCGGCCCGCUGAUCGCUCUAGUCCCUCAGAAGAAAUGGGAGUGUCUUGAUUUUUUUUGUGUCAUCCUUGGCAAUACAAAAGGUUUCACUCCCUCCAGUUGGUUGGAUGAGUACCAAGCAGCAUCACAACAACGGGGAGACAGGCCUGCCAUCAUGGCCGAUGUGGAUCCAGACACCCUACUGGAGUGGCUCCAGAUGGGCCAGGGCGAUGAGCGGGACAUGCAGCUCAUCGCUCUGGAACAGCUGUGCAUGCUCCUGCUCAUGUCGGACAACGUCGACCGCUGUUUUGAGACAUGUCCUCCUCGGACGUUCCUACCAGCACUGUGCAAAAUAUUCCUGGACGAGAGUGCUCCGGACAACGUGCUGGAGGUCACGGCCCGCGCCAUCACCUACUACCUGGACGUGUCGGCAGAGUGCACUCGGAGGAUCGUGGGGGUGGACGGGGCCAUCAAGGCGCUGUGUAACCGCUUGGUGGUGGUGGAGCUUAACAACAGGACCAGCAGAGACCUGGCUGAGCAGUGCGUGAAGGUGCUGGAGUUGAUCUGUACCAGAGAGUCCGGGGCUGUCUUUGAGGCUGGCGGUCUGAACUGUGUGCUGAGUUUCAUCAGAGACAGUGGCCACCUGGUCCACAAAGACACCCUCCACUCUGCCAUGGCUGUAGUCUCUCGCCUUUGCAGUAAGAUGGAACCUCAAGACUCGUCCCUGGAGACCUGCGUCGAGUCUUUGUCAAGUCUCCUUAAACACGAGGACCAUCAGGUGUCGGAUGGUGCUCUACGCUGCUUUGCCUCGUUGGCGGACAGAUUCACCCGCAGGGGCGUGGACCCGGCCCCUUUAGCCAAACACGGCCUGACAGAGGAGCUCCUGUCCCGGAUGGCGGCCGCCGGGGGCUCCGUGUCCGGCCCCUCGUCCUGCAAGCCCGGUCGGCCUUCCACAGGGGCCACCCCCUCUGCCCCCGACUCCAAACUGAGCAACCAGGUGUCGACCAUCGUCAGCCUGCUGUCCACCCUGUGCAGGGGCUCUCCUCUCGUCACACACGACUUAUUGCGCUCAGCACUUCCAGACUCGAUGGAGUCUGCGCUGGGAGGGGAUGAGCGCUGUGUGCUGGACACCAUGCGGCUGGUGGACCUCCUGCUGGUGCUCCUGUUCGAGGGCCGAAAGGCACUGCCAAAGUCCACCGCAGGGUCAGCUGGCCGGAUUCCCGGGCUGCGGCGUCUGGACAGCUCGGGAGAGAGGUCACACCGACAGCUCAUCGACUGUAUCCGCAGCAAGGAUACAGAUGCUCUAAUAGACGCCAUUGACACUGGAGCUUUUGAAGUGAACUUCAUGGACGAUGUUGGACAGACGCUGCUCAACUGGGCGUCAGCUUUCGGCACACAGGAAAUGGUGGAGUUUUUGUGUGAGAGGGGGGCGGAUGUAAACAGAGGUCAGAGGUCAUCCUCACUACACUACGCUGCCUGUUUUGGACGGCCACAAGUAGCAAAGACUCUGUUGCGGCACGGAGCGAACCCAGACCUGAGAGAUGAAGAUGGAAAGACUCCUCUGGACAAAGCAAGAGAGAGAGGACACAGUGAAGUGGUGGCCAUACUACAGUCCCCUGGAGAUUGGAUGUGUCCAGUGAACAAGGGUGACGAUAAAAGAAAGAAAGAUGUGAGCAAAGAGGAUGAGGAAGGCAGCGAGCCGAGAGGAGACCCAGAAAUGGCUCCCUUCUACCUGAAGAGACUUCUCCCCGUUUUUGCACAAACAUUUCAGCAAACCAUGCUGCCUUCUAUUAGGAAAGCCAGUCUUGCUUUGAUCAGGAAGAUGGUUCAUUACAGCAGCGAAGUUCUGCUGAGAGAAGUGUGCGACAGUGAGACGGGUCACAACCUGCCUACGGUACUGGUGGAGAUCACCGCCACGGUCCUGGAUCAGGAGGACGACGACGACGGUCACCUGCUGGCUCUGCAGAUCAUCAGAGAUCUGGUGGAUAAAGGUGGGGACGUUUUCCUCGACCAGCUGGCCCGACUGGGGGUCAUCAAUAAGGUGUCCACUUUGGCUGGACCGGCAUCUGAUGACGAGAACGAGGACGAAACAAAACCUGAAAAGGAUGAGGAGGUACAGGAAGACGCUAAAGAAAUCCAACAGGGGAAGCCGUACCACUGGAGGGACUGGUCCAUCAUCAGAGGCAGGGACUGUCUCUACAUCUGGUCAGACGCUGCUGCCCUCGAGCUCUCCAACGGCUCAAACGGCUGGUUCAGAUUCAUCCUGGAUGGAAAGCUUGCUACUAUGUACUCAAGUGGAAGUCCAGAGGGCGGGUCAGACAGUUCAGAGUCCCGCAGCGAGUUCCUGGAAAAGCUGCAGCGGGCGAGAAGCCAGGUGAAACCGGUGACCACCAGUCAACCCAUCCUCUCCAUUGUCGGCCCCACCAAGCUCACAGUCGGGAACUGGUCUCUGACCUGCCUGAAGGAUGGAGAGAUUGCCAUCCAUAAUUCGGAUGGGCAGCAGGCCACCAUCCUAAAGGAGGACCUACCAGGCUUUGUUUUCGAGUCCAAUCGAGGAACCAAACACUCAUUUACUGCAGAGACGUCACUGGGCUCUGAGUUUGUGACCGGCUGGACUGGAAAACGAGGGAGGAAGCUGAAGUCAAAACUGGAGAAAACGAAGCAGAAGGUGAAGAGCAUGGCGAGGGAGCUGUACGACGACCACUUCAAGGCCGUGGAGAGCAUGCCCAGAGGAGUGGUGGUCACCCUGAGGAACAUCUCAACACAGCUGGAGUCUGCCUGGGAGCUGCACAUCAACAGACAAUGUUUUGAGGGCGAGAACACCUGGAGGGACCUGAUGAAAACAGCCUUGGAGAACCUGAUUGUCGUUUUGAAGGAUGAAAACACGAUAUCUCCGUACGAAAUGUGUAGCAGUGGCCUAGUCCAGGCUCUGUUUACUGUUCUGAGCAAUAGUGUGGACAUUGAUAUGAAGCAAGAUUGUAAACCUUUAAUGGAGAGGAUCAAUGUCUUUAAGACAGCUUUCAGUGAGAAUGAAGAUAAUGAAAGCCAACCAGCUGUUGCCUUAAUCCGAAAACUGAUAGCCGUCUUGGAGUCAAUAGAGCGUCUACCUCUUCACUUGUAUGACACCCCAGGAUCCUCUUACAACCUGCAAAUCUUGACAAGGAGGUUGCGGUUUCGUCUGGAGCGAGCGCCCGGCGAGACGGCUCUUAUUGACCGGACAGGUCGCAUGUUGAAGAUGGAACCACUCGCAACUGUGGAGUCCCUGGAGCAGUAUUUGCUUAAAAUGGUUGCGAAGCAAUGGUAUGACUUUGAGCGCUCAUCCUUCGUAUUUGUAAGGAAACUCAGAGAAGGGCAGACCUUCACCUUCAGACACCAGCAUGAUUUUGAUGAGAAUGGCAUCAUCUACUGGGUUGGAACCAAUGCAAAAACGGCCUACGAGUGGGUUAACCCCGCAGCGUACGGGCUAGUGGUGGUGACGUCUUCAGAGGGGCGGAACCUCCCUUACGGCCGCUUGGAGGACAUCCUGAGCCGGGAUAGUUCUGCCCUCAACUGCCACACCAACGACGACAAGAACGCGUGGUUCGCUGUUGACCUGGGCCUAUGGGUCAUCCCCUCAGCGUACACUCUGAGGCAUGCAAGGGGCUACGGCCGCUCCGCACUGAGAAACUGGGUAUUUCAGGUGUCCAAGGAUGGUCAGAACUGGUCCACUCUUUACACCCACAUAGAUGAUGGCAGCCUAAACGAACCAGGGUCGACAGCCACAUGGCCACUGGACCCAUCCAAAGAGGAGAAGCAAGGCUGGAGGCACAUCAGAAUAAAGCAGAUGGGGAAAAAUGCCAGUGGCCAGACGCACUACCUGUCUCUGUCUGGAUUCGAGCUAUACGGCACCAUCACUGCCGUUUGUGAGGACCAGCUUGGAAAAGCUGUGAAAGAGGCAGAGGCAAACCUGCGCCGCCAACGCCGCCUCUUCCGCUCACAGGUGAUGAAGUACAUUGUCCCGGGGGCGCGGGUCGUACGCGGGAUUGACUGGAAGUGGCGGGACCAGGACGGAAACCCAGCAGGAGAGGGCACCGUCACCGGGGAGGCCCACAACGGCUGGAUUGAUGUAACCUGGGAUGCUGGCGGCUCUAACUCUUACCGUAUGGGCGCUGAAGGGAAGUUUGACCUCAAGCUUGCCCCAGGGUACGACCCUGAGUCGGCUGCCACAGCGCCAUCACCCAAACCUGUCUCAUCCACUGUUUCAGGUCCCGCCUCCUCCACGGUGGGACCCUCGGUGACUCCGGUCGCCAUUGGCGGAGCCACCACCACCACUUCAUCCUCAUCAUCCUCCACCUCAUCCUCCUCGCAGCAGCCCUCCUGGAGCAGCCUGGUGAAAAAUAACUGCCCCGAUAAAGGCGGGGCCAGCUCCUCCAGCAGGAAGGGCAGUAGUAGCUCCGUCUGCAGCGUGGCUUCCUCUUCGGACAUUAGCCUCAGCUCCGCCGCCGGGCUGCCCGGCACAGGCGGUUUGCACCUGGAGAGAAAAGCUGAGGGACUGCUCCUCGAUCAGGGAAUCGGGGCGGGUGGAGUAACGGGUGGAGUGGUCGGUUCCGAUGGACAUCAACAUGAGCCCAUCGUGGUGCUGUCCUCUGCCGCAGAGGGCGGAUCCGGUUCCGCGUCCAGCUCUGGCACGCUUACCGCCGACACGUCCGCAACAGGAGACGAACAUCACUCACCGGCGGCAUCCACCGCCAAUGACCCGGCGGCAGCCAUCUCUAUGGGGCUGGUGAGCGUCAGCUCCCCCGACGUCAGCUCAGUGUCGGAGUCGUCCAGCAAGGAUACGUACUCCCAGAGGCCCCUGUGUUCAGCCGCUAACACGCGGCUGUCGGUCAGCUCCCUGCUAGCCGCCGGGGCCCCUAUGAGCUCCAGCGCGAGCGUGCCCAACCUUUCGUCCAGAGAGGCCAGCCUAAUGGAGUCGUUUGUCCGCCGGGCUCCCAACAUGUCGCGCACCAACGCCACCAACAACAUGAACCUGAGCCGCAGCAGCAGCGACAACAACACGAACACGCUGGGGAGGAACGUCAUGAGCACUGCCACUUCUCCUCUUAUGGGUGCUCAAAGCUUUCCUAAUCUCACUACUACUGGCACCACUUCCACCGUUACCAUGUCGACUUCUAUUGUAACCAGCGGCAAUAAUGUAGCCACAGCUACCACGGGUCUAUCAGUGGGCCAGUUGCUUAGCAACACUCUGACGACAAGCCUGACAUCCACAUCUAGUGAGAGCGACACAGGACAGGAGGCUGAGUUCUCUCUCUAUGACUUCCUGGACAGCUGUCGCGCCAACACUCUGUUGGCAGAGCUGGACGACGAGGAGGACCUCCCAGAGCCCGAUGACGACGAUGACGAAAAUGAAGAUGACAAUCAGGAGGAUCAGGAGUACGAGGAGGUCCUGGAGGAAGAGGAGUAUGAAACCAAGGGAGGACGCAGGAGGACAUGGGAUGAUGAUUUUGUCCUAAAGAGACAGUUCUCUGCUUUGGUUCCUGCUUUUGACCCCCGACCUGGAAGAACUAAUGUCCAGCAAACAACUGACUUGGAGAUCCCCCAACCAGGAACACCUCGAUCGGAGGUUCGUGAAGAAGUGGAAUGCGCCCCGUCUCCUCACCUCGUUCUCACUCUAAAGGUUGCCGGGCUCGGGACCACCCGCGAAGUUGAGCUCCCACUGUCCAACUACAAGCUGACCAUCUUCUACUACGUCCAGCGACUUCUCCAGCUGUCCUGCAGCGGAUCUGUGAAGACGGACAAACUGCGACGCAUCUGGGAACCCACGUACACAAUCAUGUACAGAGAGCUCAAAGACUCUGAUAAAGAGAAGGAGAGUGACAAGAUGGAGUUCCUUGAACACGGCAACAACGUCGGAGGCCGCUCGGGUGGUCUGAGCCCAACUUCAGUGUCGGCCAAUCAGAGCAGCGAGAUCCUGGGCUGGGCGAGAGAGGCGGCGCAGGCGAAGGCCGGCUGCAGCCAGAAUGCCUGCGGGGUGGAGGACGUCCUGCAGCUGCUGCGCAUCCUGUACAUCAUCGGGAGAGACUCCUCCUCCAGUGCCCGCACGCUGCAGGAGGAUCUUGAAGAGCUGCAGUUCAAUGCACCACCGGAGGAGUUUACCAGCAAAAAGAUCACCACCAAGAUUCUACAGCAGAUCGAGGAGCCUCUGGCUCUGGCCAGCGGAGCGCUGCCCGACUGGUGCGAACAGCUCACCUCCAAGUGCCCUUUCCUCAUCCCCUUCGAGACCAGACAGCUGUAUUUCACCUGCACUGCCUUCGGGGCCUCCAGGGCAAUCGUGUGGCUCCAGAACAGGCGGGAGGCGACGGUGGAGCGCUCCCGGCCCUCCACCACGGCCAGGCGGGACGAUCCCGGGGAAUUCCGGGUGGGUCGGCUCAAACACGAGCGGGUCAAAGUCCCCCGGGGAGACUCCAUGAUGGAAUGGGCCGAGUCGGUGAUGCAGAUCCACGCCGACAGGAAGUCGGUGCUGGAGGUGGAGUUCCAGGGCGAGGAGGGAACGGGUCUCGGUCCCACUCUGGAGUUUUACGCUUUGGUGGCUGCAGAGUUUCAGAGAACGUCUCUGGGCAUCUGGUUGUGUGACGACGACUUCCCCGACGACGAGUCGCGACAGGUGGACCUGGGCGGUGGUCUGAAGCCUCCCGGUUUCUACGUCCAGCGCUCGUGCGGACUGUUCCCGGCGCCGUUCCCUCAGGACAGCGAGGAGCUGGACGCCGUGACCAAACUCUUCCACUUCCUCGGAGUGUUUUUGGCCAAGUGCAUCCAGGACAGCCGGCUGGUGGACCUGCCAAUAUCCCAGCCCCUCUUCAAGCUCCUCUGCAUGGGGGACAUCAAGUCCAACAUGAGCAAGCUGCUGUACCAGUCCCGCGGCUCGCCGCAGGGCCACGCCCCCGAGCGGCCCCAGUCGCAGCCGUUCCUGCUGCUGUCCGACCUGCAGUCGGAGGCCUCCACCGAGGAGAGCCAGGAGACCUACUCCGUGGGCAGCUUCGACGAGGACUCCAAAUCCGAGUUCAUCAUGGACCCGCCCAAGCCCAAACCGCCCGCCUGGUACCACGGCAUCCUCACGUGGGACGACUUCCAGCUCGUCAACCCGCACAGAGCGAGUUUCCUGAAGGAAGUGAAGGAGCUGGCGGUGAAGAGGAGACAGAUUUUGGCCAACAAGAGUUUGUCUGAAGACGAGAAGAACACCAGGCUGCAGGACUUGAUGCUGCGGAACCCGCUGGGCUCUGGUCCCCCGCUCAGCGUCGAGGACCUCGGGUUAAAUUUCCAGUUUUGUCCGUCCUCCAAAGUGCAUGGAUUUUCAGCUGUGGAUCUCAAAUCAAACGGAGACGAUGAGAUGGUGACCAUGGAGAACGCAGAGGAGUACGUAGAGCUGAUGUUUGACUUCUGCAUGCAUACCGGCAUCCAAAAGCAAAUGGAGGCAUUUAAAGAGGGUUUUAAUCGCGUGUUCCCGAUGGAGAAACUGAGCUCCUUCAGCCAUAAAGAGGUGCAGAUGAUCCUCUGCGGCAACCAAUCACCUUCCUGGACUGCUGAUGACAUCAUAAACUACACGGAACCAAAGCUGGGUUACACUAGAGACAGCCCCGGCUUUCUGCGGUUCGUCCGAGUUUUGUGCGGGAUGUCCUCCGACGAGAGGAAAGCCUUCCUGCAGUUCACCACCGGCUGCUCCACGCUGCCCCCCGGGGGCCUCGCCAACCUGCACCCGCGCCUCACCAUCGUCAGGAAGGUCGACGCCACAGACUCCAGCUACCCAUCGGUCAACACUUGCGUCCACUACCUGAAGCUCCCCGAAUAUUCAUCCGAAGACAUCAUGAGGGAGCGCUUGUUAGCCGCCACCAUGGAAAAGGGCUUCCAUCUGAACUGACCUCGACCACGCCCAGCAUGCACAUGGAACCGGACAGACAGAGUGACCGACAGACGGACAUGCUGCAGAAAAUAAUAUCAAAGACAUGCGCUCGCUCCCCCCUCGUCCCCGACGGGCAGCCUCCUCCUCCUCCUCCUCCU